GUCUUCCUUCGCUUCCCCCAUUCGUCCGUCCUUAGCCCCUCCCCUUGGACACGGACUCGAGCUCUAAGGUGACGAUGAGCGCAUACGAGAAAGCGGAUAGCAUCGGUUCGCACAAGGAUCUGCCGACCCUUGAGCACGGAAAGGCCGACGUCUACGUCGCCCCCGCGGACGACGAUAACCAUUUCGAUGUCUCGGAGCUAGAUUAUGUUCGUAGGCAGCUGAAGCAGCGCCAUGUUCAGAUGAUUGCUAUUGCUGGCACCCUCGGUACUGGUCUCUUUCUUGGUUCGGGAGAGGCUAUCAGCGGCUCUGGCCCUGUCGGCGCUCUUAUCGCCUACGCUCUCGUCGGCACAGUCGCGUACUCGUCCCUCUGUUCUAUAGGAGAGAUGACCUGCUGGGCUCCCAUAUCCGGUACUUUCCCUCACUAUGCUGCUCGCUGGGUGGACCCUGCUUUUGGUUUCGCUGUUGGUUGGAAUUACUUCUAUACAAACGCUAUGACUGUCCCCGUGGAAAUUUCCGGUGCUUCCCUGCUUAUCACCCUGUGGGAUGUGAACCACGGUGCAAUCUACACCGCGGUCAUUAUCGUUUUCGUCUGCCUUAUCAACAUCUUUGGCGCCCGCGCCUUCGGAGAGGCCGAAUUCGUGUUCUCCAUAAUUAAACUGAUCAUGAUAACGGGCCUGAUCAUUCUCAGUUUGAUCAUCGAUGUUGGCGGCGGGCCGGACCACCAUAGAAUCGGCUUCCAGUACUGGAGGAACCCCGGUGUCCUGGCUGGCGCUGGUCUCGAGCCCAACAAUAUCGGUCUGGAUCGGUUCCUUGGCAUCUUGUCGGUUUUGGUCCAGGCUGCAUUCUCGUUCCAGGGCAUGGAGCUUGGAGAACGCCCGGGAAAUGGGAAAGGCGGCAUUUGCCGCCGCGGCGGCGUGGCGGCGCGGCGGCAGUGGCGCGCUGCAUCCGAGACGGAGAACCCGCGCCGCAACAUCUCGAAGGCCGUCCGCCGGGUGUUCUAUCGCAUCCUAAUUUUCUACAUUCUCGGAAUCUUCUUCACGGGCCUCCUCGUCCCAUACAACGAUCCGGCUCUCCUCCAGUCGGCCGGUACUGCCGCCCAGUCACCCUAUGUCAUCGCCAUGACAAACGCAGGCAUCAAGGUCCUGCCUAGCAUCAUCAACGCCGGUGUCCUUACCAGUGCCUUCUCCGCCGCGAACUCGUUCCUGUUCUGCUCGUCGCGUAUUCUCUAUGGUCUAGCGCUCCGCAAGCAGGCACCACGCAUCUUCGCCAAGUGCACGAAGAAGGGUCUGCCCAUCGUCGCUGUGCUGACGUCCAGCUGCUUCGCCUUUCUCGCCUUCAUGGGUGUUUCGGCUGGUGCUGAGACCGUUUUCAACUGGUUCGUUAGCUUGUCGACCGUCGGUGGUUUCUUCUCGUGGGGUUCCAUCAACUUGACCUAUCUCUUCUUCUACCGCGGUAUGAAGGCCCAAGGCAUCGACCGCAAGCAGAUGGAAUACUGGAAUCCACUCCAGCCCUAUCUUUCUAUCUGGGGUGUGGUCUGGUGCAUUAUCCUCAUCCUCAUCAACGGCUUCGAGGUGUUCUGGUCGUUUAAUGCUUCUGACUUUUUCACCGCAUACAUCAACAUUCCCUUCUUCGCCAUCCUUUACUUAGGCUGGAAAUUCUACAAAAAGACCAAAGUCUGGAAACCCGAGGAUAUGGACUUUUUCACCGGCAUUCCGACGGUCGAAGAGACCGAGGGUCCCAUCGCUCCGCCAAAGAACAUGAUGGAAAAGAUUGCCAAUAAGGUGUUCUAACCAUUUUCGCAUUAUGUGAUUAGCGUAGUCCACUUCUCUAUCUCUCUUAUGUUCGGGUUUUCGGUCUGCUUAAUGUAAUAUUGACGAUACCUACUUAGUGUACAUGAUCAAUACCAUUCAUUUCACGACUUGCUUGAC